AUGGGUCCCCAACAGUUCAAGUCACCCAGGCUGACCUGCAACAGUGAGGAUGGAGCCUCACCGUCAUCAAUGGCCAACUCACCGGCCCCCCAUAGCAGGCGCACCUCGACUAGAGAUUGUCAUCAUCAAAGUCAGCCUGAGCGGGCACAGCUGGUGACAACCAGAGAUGAUAAACUGCAGUCACAAAGGCAGCGUGAUAAGAUGGAGCAGCUCAUUGAAAACUUUGGGAUCAGAGGGCUCUCCUUCUCAGAACAGUCACCCCUCGACGUCGUGAGCCAUCGCACCAGCGAGACCGGUCGACUUCUCAUUGCAGAACUCAUAGCCCUACAGCGCCACCUAGAGGGCUGACUUCACAGGAUCGGCAACGUCAGCCCUCACCUAACCGCUGUGGUCAGCCUACACCUAAUAACCGUCGUCAGCCUGCACCUGACCAUCGCCGCCGCGACUACUCACCUGACCGUUACGGUCAGCCUUCCCCUAAUCGCCGUCGUCAGCUCACACCUGACUGUCGCCGCUGCGACUACACACCUGACCGUUGCGAGUACUCACCUGACCGCUACGGUCAGCCUACACCUGAUCGCCAUCGUCAGCCUGUACCUGACUUUCACCGCGACUACUCACCUGACUGACGCCGACGCGACUACUCAACUGACCGCUACGGUCAGCCUAUGCCUGAUUGCCAUCGUAAACCCUCUACUGAUUGCCAUUGUCAGCCCACGCCUGACCGUAGCCGCCGCGACUACUCACCUGACCGUUGUCAUCACUCCUCACCUGACCAUCGCCACUGCGACUACUCGCCUGACUGUCACCGCCGGGUCUACUCACCUGAUCGUUGUCGGCACUCACCUGUCCGCUACCACACACCUUCUCCACCCAGCCGGGAGCGCGUCCACCGUGGACCAACUCCUACCAUCCCCAACUUCUUCAAUGAAGACCCACGAGAGUUUGCAAGGCUGAAGGUGGCCCUCGACAAUGUGCAGCCUGUAAAUGCAACAGAGUGCUUCAAGUUUCAGAUAUUGGUGGACCACUUGAAGUUAGAAGAGGCUUUGCUAAUUGCCGAUUCCUACAGCAACAGCAGGUACCCAUACAGUGCCACCAUGGAGUCCCUCACAGAACUGUAUGGCCAGCCCCACCAGCUUGCCCUCCAACGCCGCAUGGAUGGCCCCAACAUCAAGAGUGGUGACACCAAGGCAUUCCGAAGAUUCGCUCUGAGGGUGCGUGCCUUGGUUGGCAUGUUGGAUCAGCUAGGGAGUAAUGGACAGACAGAACUGAGGUGUGGCUCACACGUCUCACGCCUCUUAGCUAAGUUACCACACGACCUAAGAGCCAGCUUCAAGAGAUGUGUGAACACCAUCAAGACACCCAUUCCAACCCUCCUUCACCUGGGAGAGUGGCUCGAGUACGAGGUGAGAGUGCAAGUAGAUGGCACGCAGUUCAGUAGCAAACAAAACAGGGACCACCCUAGCUCACGCCGAGAUCAGUGUAAAGACAAAUAAUUCCCCAAGACCGUCAACAUCCUCCAUGGAGGUGAGUAGAGAAAGGACGAAGUCGAACUCUCUGCACAGAGCUAGUCUCCGGAAAAAAGGUCACGGGAGAAGCCAAAAAGUAUUGUCCGUUCUGCAACACCACGCAGCAUUACGUGAAUCAAUGCACCAACUUUCAUUUCCUUUCCAGAGAACAGAAAGAAUCCUGGAUCAAGACAAAUUAAAGAUGUUGGAAGUGUGGACGCGAACACCAAGCAGCUCAGUGUACUCUCAAGGCUAAGUGCAAGAAGUGCGAGAAGAAGCAUCUUGAGAUUAUCCACGAGGUCAACACUAGCCCGACUGCUACAAAGAACGCUAGCACGAACGCUAUGAAGACCACCAGCACAAAGGCGUCAACAGAGAGCAUUUGCCUGGUGAGCUCCACCGCAGAGACCUUCUAUGUUGAUCGACCUUCCGGCAGCAGCAAGGUGCUGCCGAAGAUGAGUCGAGUCAUCUUGCGGAGCGGCAACAAGUCACUUGACACGUACGCCCUGUUGGAUGAGGGGUCGGAGCGCACUAUACUUCUACAUGAAGCAGCUAGGCCUCCAAGGAAAUCCUGAGGACUUGGCACUUUGUACGGUGCGUCAAGAUAUCCGAGUCAUCCAUGGAGCUUCUGUGUCAUUCUCUGUGACCCCUGUUACUCAACCAAACAGGUCAUUUGACAUCCACAGAGCCUUCACAGCUGAAGAGUUACGCCUUGCACCGCAUACCUACCCGGUCCAAGCCCUUAAGAAAAUAUAUCAGCACCUCAAAGGCCUACCCCUUCAACCGCUGGACCAGGCGCAGCCAUUACUGCUCAUCGGAUCAGACUAUCCCCAUCAAUCAUCCCGACGGAGCCAGUGCGUUUGGGUCCCCCUGGCAGGCUUGCCGCCAUCAAGACUCAGCUCGGAUGGACUCUUCAAGGUCCUUCAAAGUUCCUGCAGCAAAGUCUUGCUCCACAACAGUGCCUUCAUACAUCCCUUGUCUCUUCAUCUGCAGAGCGCUUCAGCCAUGUAGAGAAGCUCUAGCAGUUGGAUACGCUAUCGUACAGGAGUGAGAAGCUCGUCCCCGGUUUAAAAAAAAGGGGAAAGGAUGCCCCUCCCCUUUGGGGAAAAAAGAACCUUUUUCCCCCCAAAAUCCGAAGGGGCAAAAGGUAUGGGCCCUCCCCUUUUGUCCAAGGGAAAAAAAGAAAUUCCUCCCGGAAUUUCCAAGGGGGAAGGGGCCGGCCUUUAAAUCUCCCAGGGCAAGAGAACCCGGGUUGGGUUUUCCCCAAGGUUCCAAAAGGGAAAAACACAGAAUUUUAAAAGUUUUAAUCCGGGGAAGUUUAAAAAAUUUUCCCCCCCAAUACCCAAUCCGGGAGCUCCAAAGGUUGGGUCCUUCCCCUUUCCUCCUCCGGGAAAAAAACGGAAAAAAGGGGGUUCCCUCUUCCCUGGUUCCCAAACCAGGGGGGCCAAGGCCCCUUUCAAAAACCCCCCGGAAUUUCCUUGGGGCUUGUUUGGAGGGCCCUUUUUCCCUUUGGGCCGGGCAGGAACCCCUGUGGCCACGUUUGCCUUUUAAAAAAGGGGGGGUUUUCCCCAAGUUUGGGGCCGGUUUGAGACCAGAACCUUUUCUUUUAGGUUUGUUUCUGGGGAAAACCAAAAAAAGGGGGGAAUGAUUCCCCCCUUUCUUUGGGGGAGGUUCUUCCCCUUUUUGGAACCCCCCAAGGGAGCCCCUCCCCAAGGGCCCCGGCUUAGAACUGGUGUUUGGCCCCCCGGUGGCCAACCCCCCCAAAAAAUUGGAUUCAUGCUGUUUUUUUUGACAAAUUUUCUACAAAACCCUCCCCCCCUUUGGGAAUUUAAAAAGCCAAAAACGGGGGCCAAACUUUACCCCUUCCCCUUGCUUAAAACGUCCCCAAAGCCAGUGGGCCCAAGGGGCCCAACCUUCCCGAAAAAAUGGGGUAAAACCCACCUAAGAUUUUUCCAAGGGGGAGGGGGAACCUUUAAAACUGUUGGUUCCCCCCCCAUGGCGUAACCCCAAGGGGCCCAAAACCCCCAAACAAAGGAAUGUUUCACCUUUUUGGGCCUCAACAUUCUCAGUUUCAUAUGGUCCAUCACAUGCGAGUCAUCUUCAACCUAACUACAGGGGCAAGGUGAACAAAACUCUUCCCGACACCUUGGGAGCUACUUGCUGGGCCUUCUCGUUUGAACACUCUGUGUCAUCAGAAGUGACAUAAAGGGGAGUUCAUCAAGUCGCCUGCUUCCGAAGACCAGCCAUUUCUCAGGUUCUGUGGCGAGACUAAACCGUGAUGAUUACGCUGAUGUCUAUGAGUGGCAGGUUCUUCCCUUUGGGACGACAUGUAGCCCCUGCUGCGCCACGUUUGCCCUUUAGAAGCAUGUGUUCGACCACAGUGAGCCCGAAGAAGAUGUGAGAUUCUAUAGAACGCUGUUUCUAUGUAGACAACUUUCUACAAAGCCUCCCCUCUGCGGAUGAAGCCAAGAAACUGGUGGACAAGCUGAAGCCCCUUCUUGCUGAGGGAGGAUUCGAUCUACGCCAGUAGGCCAGCAACCUUCCAGCAGUCAUUGAACACCUACCUCAAGAGUCCAGGUCAGAGAACGGUGAGCUGUGGUUCACCCAGGAUGGCGUGGAACCCCAAGAGCACACCCUUGGAUUACGAUGGCAAUGUCUGUCUGACACUCUUGGCUACAAGCAAGGUCACAUGGAGAAAGUUGAACCCACCAUGCGCCACAUAUAUCGGAUCCUUGCCAGCCAGUACGAUCCACUUGGCUUCAUCGUCCCAUACACCACACGGGCCAAGGUUGUGGUCCAGAGGCUCUGGAAUAAGAAAAGAGGGUGGGAUGACCCAGACCUACCUGAAGAUCUUCUCCAAGCGUGGCUUAUUUGGGAGAACGAACUUCCACAGCUGUCUCAGGUCACACUGCCAAGGUGUUACGUCAGCCCCGACAUGGACCUCCCAACCAGCAAAAGAAGUGUUCACGUCUUCAGUGAUGCCUCAGAACGUGCGUAAGGUGCCGUUGCGUACCCCCGUACUGAAGACAACAAUGGACGGAUCCAAAUAGCAUUCCUUGCAGCAAGAUCAAUAGUGGCCCCAAAACAGUCGAUGCCAAGACUCAAGCUCUGCGCUGCACUCACCGGUGCCCAGCUGGCCGUGGUCAUCAGAAAAGAACUCACCCUGGAAAUCCAUGAGGUCGGAUUCUACAACAGUCUUAACCUGGCUCCAGUCAGACUCCUGCAGGUACAAAGUAUUUGUAGGCACAAGAGUCACAAAAAUACAGGAGCUCACAGACCCCAGGCCUGGCGUUACGUGGACACAGAGAGAAAUACAUGAUAACACACGUGGCAAGACGCUGUCUCAGCUUUCAGAACACAACCGUUUGAGUCAAGGUCCUCCAUUCCUGUGGCAGGCCCAGUCAUCCUGGCCGAGAAGACCAGACCAAGUACCCCCUGACGAAGCAGAGGAGCUGCGGAAGCAUACAUUCUGUGGACUCCUGUCAGUGGACACCAAGUUGUCUCUCCCUGAUGUUGCCCAGUUCAACAAUUUCCAUGAGCUGGUGGAAGCCACAGUGCAGUUGCUACACAGGGCAGCCAGUAGUGCCGACAGCCCUUCAGCCGACGAUUUCAAGCAGGCAGAAUUCGAAGUACUCAGACAUGCUCAGUCUGAGAGCUUCCCAGAAGACGUCUCCCUACUAGAGGCAGGCAAGCCAAUCCUUCCGAGCAGCCGUCUGGUGACGCUGGCCCCGGAGUAUGACGACAACACUGGACUGAUUCGUGUUGGAGUUCGCCUUCAGAGGUGUGAUCAGCUGGGCCCUGAUGUUCUUCACUCAGUGGUUCUGGACCCAGGUCAUCUGCUCACCAGGUUGCUGAUCAAGAAAUAUGAUGAGCAGCUGAGGCACCCGGGCCCAGAGAGGGUGUUUGCUGAGUUACGUCAAAGGUUCUGGAUUCUUAGAGGGAGGGCAGCCAUUCCGAUUCAUUCCUAAUUUUUUUACAUUUUAGUCAUUUAGCAGACGCUCUUAUCCAGAGCGACUUACAGUUAGUGAGUGCAUACAUUUUUCAUACUGGCCCCCCGUGGAAAACGAACCCACAACCCUGGCGUUGCAAGCGCCAUGCUCUACCAACUGAGCUACAGGGGACUACAGUUGGCGUUGAGACGCUUCAUCGCUCGAAGAGGAAAGCCCUUUGAGAUCCUGUCCGAUCGAGGAACAAAUUUCAAGGGAGGGGAGCGAGAGUUACAGGAGGCCUUCAUGACUCUCCAUCCACAGCUCCAGGAACAGUUAGCCAGUCAGAAGACUUGUAUUGGGGAUGUAUUAUUCUCCUAAAUUGAUGGGAUGACUAACUUAGAAAGAAUGCAUUCUUGACUGGGCUAAUGUAGGCUGUGACACCUGGGAGGCUGUGAUUGAUGUGAAGAGCUGUUUUAGGGGGUAAAAUGAGAUAAGGAUUGUGUCUCCAGAUGCUGGAAUAUAUUGGUUCUUUGUGAUCUGUGAACCUUCCUUGGACAUAGGAAUGGUGUCUAAGGGAGCUGGCUCUUCUCACUAUGACAGGUUGUUAUGAUGAACGUAUGCCUGGUAACAGAAGAGGCUGGCAACAGGGGUGCAUCAAUGGAUUGGCUGAGUAAGUUUAAACCACGCUCAAGUCUCUACUCUAAUUGGCCAGCAGAGAAGUGGGAAAUUCCCUCUGUCAGAGUAUUUGAGUAUUGGAUCUGAAACAAUGUGUUAGUUCUCUGGGGUGUCCUGCGAGGUAUCUCAGAGAGCCCGUAUAUACGAAACAUCAUAUUUACCAUUGAAGGUUUUUGCAUUAAUUAAAAUAACUAGUAGAUCUUAGAAGUCGUGUUGACCUCUUUGUUCCUAAUACCAGAUUUGAAUUGACGCGACUUUGACAAUUGGUGACCCCGACGCGGUCUGGUUAGAAGGGACUUCGCUGGGUAAAUGUCCGGCCCAUUUUGGUCACCUCUUUCAUCGAACCGUGUGUUUCACAAACUGCCCGGGCUUCUAAAAAGGUAAGCAGAUACCUAUUGUUAAAUAACCAAAGAUCUGCACAUUGGCUUUAUCCAAAUUAAUUUGUGAAACACCUGUCUGAUGUAAGUGAACUAAUUAUGAAACUAUUAUGAGUAGAUAAGCACAAUAUUGUGACAUGCAAACCUUUAGUAAAUGUGAUGUUUAAACCAUGGUACCAGAGAGUGUUGGUUCUACCGGCAAGGUCCGUUAAGAUACGGCUAGGUUCAGGAGACAAUACUGACAUCUACCGGCAAGGUCCGUAAUUGCGACAAUACGGCUAAGGUUCGGAAGAUAUAGGGAAUAAUUGGUUUUAAGUAAUUGCUAUCGGCAAGGUUCGUAACUACGACAGUACGACUAAGGUUCGAAGAAUUACACCGGCAAGGUCCGUAACUGAGAUACGGCUAGGUUCGGGAAAUUUUAGAUAAUACUGGUGACUGGCCAAGGUCCGUAACUAAGGGUUGCGGCUAGGUUCAGCACAGUGUUUUGAAUAAAAUAGACGCGGCUGUGUGCCCAAAUAGAUUGUGGUGUGGAAUAUAAGUGUGUCAUUUAUGACUGUGUGACAUAUUGACUGGUAUGAUAGGAUUAUGACUGUGUAUUGUGAGUGAGUGCGAUAACUGUGUACUAUUUUUGCUGUGUGAUAACUGUAUACUACGUUUAACUGUGUACCAUUUUUGACUGUGAAUACAAAGAAUAUUUUAAAACAGUAAAUUAAUGAGAAUUACAAUUAGGAAAUAAAGUUUAAAAGUGUGCAAACAUUAACAAAAGACACCCAUAGGAGGUACUAUAAAAAGUUAGACAGUGCGAGUGUAGUCGUAUGCAGAAAGUGUGAAUGAUAAACCUGUGUACCUUGAUAGAAAAACAAAUUGGGAAUCAAAAGACGUCUGUGGCUGUCCAAACGGUAUAAAUUGGGAAUAAACUGUUGGAUUUGUGGGUUGCUUAAACCAUAUAAACCCGUUAAAAAACAAUUGGGAACAUAAAACUAAAGUGAUGAAUGAGUGUGACUGAACUAGAACGUUUGGAAUUGAUAUAUUGAAAUAUAACAUUUGGUGUUUGGACAUAGCAUAAUACUGCUUUUGAAGUUGUGUCAAAGCAAUUCGGUUUAGUUAUUGAUUUGAUGUUUUGAUGUUUGCACAUUAGCAUGUACUGGUUUUGGGUGCUGGUUUGGGGGAUUUGGGCGUUUUUGAUUGUUUGGGGUUGAUGUUUACCGUGCAAAGUGCGGUUGGUUUUUUAACAAAUUGGGGCUGAAAAGAUUCGGUUUUUGUUUUGGUGUGGGGCGUGCCAAAAAACUUUUUAACUAGUUUGGGGUAUUGGUUUUUUAUUUAGUGGGGUUUUUAGUUUUUUGGGGGUUGGGGAAAGGGGAAAUGGGAGGGCGUGGGCCGGAAAAAGAACAGCUUAAAAACGUUAAAAAUGAGGGAGGGGGGAGGGGGAUGGAGAAGAGGGAAGUUUUUGGUUUGGAGCCCCGAAAAAAAAAAACCGGGGUUUGGGGUGGGAACGCCCUGUGGGUAUUGACGGAGAAAGUUUAAAUUUUUACCCCAACGCAUAGUCCCUCAAAAGGGUGAGAAAAUGAGAAAUAUAAUUUGCCCGGGUUUAAAUUUUGGGAGACGUCUUGCCAGGCCCCAUUUAGGCCCCAGCAAUUGGGGGGAAUUUUCCCCCCCCCUUUGGCGGUCACCAUCGGCAGAUUUUUCACCUGGUCGGCUGGGGAUUGUAACCGGCGACCUCUCGGUUGUUGGCGCGCGCUAUUGGUCACUAAACUGCCAGCCCCCCAUAUCAGUUUAAGAUUGUGGCGUUGUUGGAUAAUAUGAUGGCGGAAUAAACUGACCAUAAGUAAUGUUGUUUUUAGAGUAAUGUAUUAAUAUAGUACAAAGCAAAUAGAGGGUUAAAUUGAACUAAUUAUCAUGGUAGAGUAACGUAGUACAGUGAGGGAACUUCAUUUUGGUGUCAGAGGGUAAGAUGAGAUCAUUAAUUGGGGUACUAUUGGUGGAAAUCUAUUUAUCAUUUCAAGGCAUGGAGUAACCAAUCUGCAUUAUGAGUGUAAAUUCCACGGCUGAUGUGUUGAUUGAAUGGGUACGAUGAGUAUUGGUUUGGUACAUGUUGAAUGGACUAUUUGUAGCGUGUUUAGGGGUUGUUAAAUAGAAAAACUAACUUAUUCAAUAGGAAAUCAAAGGAAAAGAGAGAGUUUUUUGCUGAGGUGAAAGCUACUGCGAUUUUCAUUUGGUGACGUAGUUGGUGAGUAGUUACUUUGAGAGCAUCGCAGAUGGUGUGGAGUGACUGGCGAUGUCCCUGGUUCAAACACAGGAUAGGGACAGUAGACAAAGCUUUCGCAGUGGGGCUAUAUACUAGAUUACUAUGUGGAUGAGAAAUGUGAAAGGUUGAAUUAGAUAGCUUAAAUAGAAGUAUUCUAGAAAAGUCUAUGAAAAUAUGUUAUAAGGUUACCAUGCGCUCUCCCCGAAGGAGCAAGGGGAGGGUGAGAGACAGUACAGUUCAGAUGGUAGGAACAUCAUUAAAUGUAUGCCAAUCAACGAUAGCAAAUAUUUGUUUUAUUUAAUUAGGGCAUAAUUAGAGAAACAGUUAAAUAAAUGAAUAGCGAACUGAAAUGGGUUAGCCGGGAAAAUACAAAAUAUAAAUUUUUGGUAAAUUUUAGAACGAUAAUGUAUUUUGGUUAAGUGGAUGCAAGUGACAUUGGCUGUUGUGAUGGGGGAAUAGCGCCAGCCUGUGGUGGGUUAUGGAUUUGUUACAUAAACUUAUAUUUUAAACUAAAGUGAUGGAAUAGGUUACAAUUAUAACAUUAUCAGAAAAAAGACACAAUUUAAUGUGAAAUAGUUAUUACAAUUAUUAUUGACAGUUAUUACAGGUAUUAUUCAUUGAUCCAGUAAUGAUAUAAGGAUAGUAGAGGAAGGCAGGGGAUUUAAUCUCAUUUAGGGAAGUUGAUUAGGAAGAAAAUACCAUUAAAUGAGGGAAACAUUUGAUGUAACCGUGAUUGUAUUGGCUAAAACUCAAAUAGGACAUUUACAGGGGGGACAGGAACAAUAGAAGGGGAGAACAGAUUUUCCUAGGGGGUUUGAACAAAUAAUUGAUAAUGGAUCAUUUGAGAUGAGAUCACAUGUAGCAGAGUUAGGGUAAUCAAUUAAAUAAUCAUUGUAUACUCGAGGAAUUUUGAGUGGUUUAAUGGAUUAGUUAUGAGCAAUUAGAUUGAUACAAACAAUUAUUGAUGGGUUAAGACUGGGGAUAUAUCUAUCAUGUUUUGUGUGUACUACCAUCUUUAGAUUAUAACCAGGAGAAAGAGAUUAGCUCAUCUCAGUUAGGCAGUAUUUAGGUCAUAAAAGUGAGCUAUCAAAUUGAGUGGGGCCUGGCUAUUUGUGAUUGUUGUUUUUUCAAAAUGGGUUAAAAUGGGUUCACAGAGCCAGAGGCUGUACAGAGAAAGGUGGAGCCCCCAUGUUGCCCUAGUGAAAGAACAUUCAGAGGAAUGGUUAUCACUAGGUAAAUGGAUAAAACAGGGGAAAAACAUUACUGACUGGCAGAAUACACCAAAUGGGGAUCAGUAUGGCCACUCCACUGGGAGAUAUAGCAGAAAGUUGAGUUGGAGAUUAAAAACCCAGCCCAGGGUCCACUUGGAGAUACAUUUUAACGGAUGACAGGAAGAGAUUUUCUUAACUCAGGAACAGGAGGCUGAGUUUAGCAGCAAUUCCGUUCAAAUUAUGGUCACAAGGACAAUAGAUGUAGGACCUAAUUAAGGGGGAAGCUCCAGUACAAGUGAUUCCUCGAUCCGAUAAUAGACCAUAACAAAAGCAAUACCUUAUGAAACCAGAAGCAAUAAAAGGGAUAACACCUACAUUUGAGCAUUUACUUUAAGGGAGGGGUGAUAAUUCCUGGAGAUGAGGUACACUGCAAACUCUCCAGUAUUUCCUGUUAGAAAGGAGACACCUAGCGCCGACUGGAGGAUGGUCAUGGACUUACAGUUAGUUUAAUAGAAAUAUCAUUCCCAGAGUUCCAUGUGUACCAGAUCCACAUACAUUGCUGAACCAAUUGAAAACCAGAGAACUCCUAUUUUACAGUGAUAGAUUUAGCUAAUGCUUUCUUUAGUAUCCAAGUUUCAUCCGGAUAGUCCGGGGUGGUUUGCCUUUACUUUUCAGGGAAGGAAAUGGGACUUAGGCUAGGAUACCUCAAGGCUACUCGGAAGUCUUACAAUCUUUGUCCAGGCUAUAACUAGGAAUUUGGGAAAGUUUGAACCUAGGGAAGGAAGCCAAUGUUAGUUUAUGUAGAUGAUAUUAUAUUGGCUAAUCCCACUCAGGAGGGAUGUAAGAGGGAUACAAUCAAAUUGUUAACCUUCCUGGCAGAACAGGGACACAAAGUGAGCAAAAAGAAAUCUUCCUUGGCAGAGCGAGGUCAUAUACCUAGGACACACUAUAACACAGGAGGGGCGAAUGUUAAAACUCAUCCAGGAAAACUGCUAUACUUGAAGCGCCAAAACCGUUAAAACAAAAAACAAAUGAUGAGCUUUUUGGUAAUGAUAAACUGCUGUAAAGUUUGGGUUCAUUAUGUAUUGCAUACAGGUAAAUUAAGUGAUCUUAUCUAUGGGAAGGCAAUGGCAGCCCAUGGUAAAAUAAUUUGGAACUCUAAGGAGGCAUUCAUACAUCAGGGAUGUUAUCCAAAUGGUAGAGAGUAACGAGGGAUAUGACAUUUGUCGUGAUUUAAAGAUGAUUGAAGUUUUUGGGGACUAUUAGAUAUAACUGGGUUAAUCAUGAACAUAGAGAUUUUUUCUUUGUUGCUAGACAGAAGACUUAGGUGACCUAAGAAUGACUGGUCAUGUCCAACCAAUCAGUCUUCAGGUCAAGCCCGGGAGAGCCUGGGUAGAACAGAGUUUGAACUAAAACAUGAGUGUUUUUACAAGAUAAGAGAUUGAAGAUUGGAUUACUAAUUGAUUCUGAACUGGAUGAAAGUUGAAUUUAGCUGCCAUAAAAGACAAAGGAAGUGGGAGGGCAAUAAAGAAGACAAAAGACAAUCUCAAAAAUGAAAGGCAUGGCAAUUGGAUGAUAAAUUACAUAAGGAAUGGUUUAGAAAGGUGGUAAUAUGACACAUGGGCAAAUCAUGUGUCAAAAAGGGGGAGUGAUAGGAUUAAAUAAAAAAAUACUUAAAUAAUAAUGAUAGGAUUAAAUAAAAAAAUACUUAAAUAAUAGUGAUAGGAUUAAAUAAAAAAAAUACUUAAAUAAUAAUGAUAGGAUUAAAUAAAAAAAUACUUAAAUAAUAAUGAUAGGAAAAAAAAAUACUUAAAAAGAAAAAACACAACAAUAGAAAUUGAGAGCUCAACAUGUAUGUGUGAAGAUAGUUUAUUAACCACACCCGUAUGUCAGAGGUUUUGUGCCCCACAGGUGAACUAAAGGAGAAGGUGACCCACUCUAUCUCACCAGGAGACUGGAUGUGGAUCCAGUCCCUAAAAGAAGAAAAACUGGAAGCAGGCCUGUUGGGAAGGGCCAUAUCAAGUCCUAUUAGAUCCACCUGGGUGCAUGUCACACACUGCAAAAAGGUAAACCCAGUUACACCUGAUGAACAAACACAGAGUUAGGAGAAAGAACCGAUCACCACUAGGGCUCGGGGGUUGGCUCCUUAACGAAGAUUCCCUUACCCUGUCUGAUCAUCCCUGUGUGAGUUUGGUAGAAGGUGAAGCAAUGGGUUGGCGUCUGACAUGUUCUCAGGGCGAGGGUGGGGAUUCACAGGUCUCCUGACGGUAGGUAGCUGUCUGAUUGUGGGGGCCAUAUUCCUAACACACUCAAACCCUUCUGAUCAGCCAAAAGUAGUAGUUAACCUAACACAAGUUGAUAAAAUAAUACCGGAGCACAGUCUACGAAGGCAUAGGAGACAGCUAGACGUAGGGAAAGGGGAAGUUUAGGGACUUUAGGGGAGGACAUCACCCUAUGUAUGUCACCAUGUACAUCCUGGGACUAUGUAGUUGCUCAUAUCGAGAGCGUGGGGGAUAUGUAAAUCUCCAUACACAGUUUAGGGACAGGUGUAGUAUUGUGAAAGUAGGGAAUUACCAGAAAUGGCAGUGCGACCCAUAGAAGGGUAGGUAAUGUCUGAAGUACGCAAAAACAGGUUUAUGCUCCAUGCAAGCCACCUGGGAAUGUGGUGAAAGAGUCUUGUAGUAACUUGAACUAUCUGUAUCCCCCGAUAACAAAGUCAUUCCGGCCUAGGUUGCCUACGUUUGAAGUCUCAGGGGAUUCUAAUUGUUUUUUAGGACUAGUAAGAUAGGAUACAGAGUAGGGCAUCUUAGCACCUGCUCCUACACAGAGAAUAUCACAACUAAAAGAGACCAUGACUAAUCUCUCCUCUUUGUUGCAGCCAGAGGAUUUUAGGAACCAAAAUCAGGCCCGUGCUGACAUCUGAUGGUUGUGUGGUGAUAACUGAUUGUGAACUCAACUACAUAUGUAAACAAUCAAACGUGUCAGAGACUGGUGAGUUGUCACAUAGAAAGUAGGACCUCCUCCCGGGAUCCUUUGAUGAAAGGAUCCUGUGAUGGGAUAGGAGUAACUCGAGGGGUUCCAGAACAAUUCAAAGCUAGGAAUCAGAUCGCAGCUGAGUUUGAAUCAAGUAUUUUCUGGUGGUCAACAAUUAAUAAAAACGUAGAUUGGAUAAAUUAUAUUUACUAUAACCAGCAAAGAUUUAUAAACCACACUUGUGAUGCAAUAAAGGGAUUAGCUGAGCAGACAGCGGCAACUAGCUUAAUGACAUGGCAGAAAAGAAUAGCUUUAGAUAUGCUUUUGGCUGAGAGGGGCGGAGUUUGUGUUCUGUUUGGAUAUAUGUGCUGUAUUUUCAUCCUCAAACAAUAUAGCACCGGACGGGUCCGUGACAAAAGAGCUUCAGGGGAGUAACUACACUGACGAAUAAACUGGCUGAGAGAUCUGGUAUUGAUAGCUCCAUAAACGGUUGGUUUGAUAACAUAUUUGAUAAAUGGAAAACUAUUGUUGUAACUAUUCUGGGUGAAGUUAUAGCUUCUAUGGGUAUACUUGUUCUUUGUGGAUGUUGUCUUAUUUCCUGUGUCUGAGGUUUGGUGAGAAAGGAGAUGGGGAAGGUGAUUUCCCAACAGAUGGUGAGAUACGGCCCAAUCCUGGACUCCAACCUAGGAAUGGAGGAUAUGACCUACCAGGCUUGGUGGAGUGACACUAGAGGGUGUCUAAAGGGGGCCAAAAUAUACUUCUCUGUUUGUGUUUUAUGUUUUAAUAGUCUUAUGUUUUGUGUUCUAUUAAUCCUGUGUUUUAUGCUUUAUUAAUCAAGUUAAUCAUGUGAAUGUUUGUCUUUCCUUAUGUGAUGGUUUGAAGUUCCUUGGUGACUGGUAACAAUUUGCAAGUGGGGGUAGAUGAACUGAGGGUUUUAAUUUUCUAGUAUCAUUAUGGCCUAUUAAUAAAAGUGUGAUUUUUUGUAUGUAUUGUAUUAUAAUGAAUGACAAUCUGUGUUUUCUUAUUUUUUGAAUCACACCUUAUUAGGUGUGAAAAGGGGGAUUAUUGGGGAUUUAUUAUUCUCCUAAAUUGAUGGGAUGACUAACUUAGAAAGAAUGCAUUCUUGACUGGGCUAAUGUAGGCUGUGACACCUGGGAGGCUGUGAUUGAUGUGAAGAGCUGUUUUAGGGGGUAAAAUGAGAUAAGGAUUGUGUCUCCAGAUGCUGGAAUAUACUGGUUCUUUGUGAUCUGUGAACCUUCCUUGGACAUAGGAAUGGUGUCUAAGGGAGCUGGCUCUUCUCACUAUGACAGGUUGUUAUGAUGAACGUAUGCCUGGUAACAGAAGAGGCUGGCAACAGGGGUGCAUCAAUGGAUUGGCUGAGUAAGUUUAAACCACGCUCAAGUCUCUACUAUAAUUGGCCAGCAGAGAAGUGGGAAAUUCCCUCUGUCAGAGUAUUGGAUCUGAAACAAUGUGUUAGUUCUCUGGGGUGUCCUGCGAGGUAUCUCAGAGAGCCCGUAUAUACGAAACAUCAUAUUUACCAUUGAAGGUUUUUGCAUUAAUUAAAAUAACUAGUAUAUCUUAGAAGUCGUGUUGACCUCUUUUGUUCCUAAUACCAGAUUUGAAUUGACGCGACGUUGACACUUGCUUCGCCUUCAACCCACCAAGUGCACCACACUUUGGAGGAUGCUGGGAGAAGGAGAUCAGAUCCAUCAAGACUGCCCUGCAAACCACUCCAAAGGUGCGCAGACCAUUUCAAAAGAGGUGCUGAGGACUGUCCUAAUCGAAAUAGAAGGGAUCUUGAACUCCAAGCCCUUGGGAUAUGUGUUGUUGGAUAUCGCGGAUCCGGAUCCAAUCACUCCUAACUCUCUUCUCAUGGGGCGGCCAGACUCGUCACUACCACAGGUGGUCUACCCAGAGUCUGAACUGCUCAGUCGCAAAAGAUGGAGACACAGCCAGGUUCUAGCCGACCAUUUCUGGCACUGCUUCACACGGAACUAUUUACCUGCAUUUCAAGGCCGCCAUAAGUGGCACAAGAAUAAGGAAGACCUUGUAGUUGGGACCGUUGUGAUGAUCAAGUUAGAACUGUCAAGUCAGUUAUCCCUGGGAGCAGACAGGAAAGUGAGGACAGCAGAGAUCCAAGUCAAGGACAGAACCUACGCCAGGCCUGUUGCUCGACUCAUCCAGCUUCCCGCCCUUCCUCAAGAAGCUACUGACCCUUAGCUGGCUUGUCUUUGAAGCAAAUAUGUACAACACAUUUGGGGGCGGCUGUAAAAACGGCCAGCUCAUCUCCUUUCCAAGACCCCAACUUUCUUUUGGUUUUCCUAUUAGAAUAAAGUCACUUCAAUCGUCAUAAUUUUAUUAGCCAAUCAGCAGCCUUUUCCCCCGGGACUGUAAGUUCAAAAAUCCUGAUAUCUUGUUGUUUGGAGCUAAAUAGUAUCUGUUGUAAAUAUGUACCAUUUGUGUAAAUAUGUACCAUCCCUAGUGGCGCAGUGGAAUGCAUGACUAUUUAGCAUGCUUAUUAGCGAUUAGCAUUUGUUAGCAUUUGUCUGUGGUGCUAGGCUAUUUUCGGUUAUAGAUCGCUCAUGCUUAUUAUGUUGUUUUAUAACGUGUAGUUAUUUCUACAUUGCUCUAUUGUUCUUUGUGCAUCUAUCAUGUGUUUGGGUCCACAUAGCCUGUUUAGUUGUUGACAUGCAAAUAGGCAUAUUUUCCCCAUACUGUGCUAUAGCCUAAGUUCUCCUCUUUUCUUUACAGAACCACGAUUAGUAUCAGAGAGAGUGGUGUUGAAUGCGUGUGUGGAUCUUCAUUAAACCUUGAACUGGAACUACUGCUUCCUCAUGUUCUGAACGGACACCCUGUGGUGGUUGCUACCGGCCUAAAAUCCAGCACCUACGUUUUUUUAUCCCUUUUUAUUGGUCCUUCGAAUUCAUAAACAACCAUAUUUUUCAGAGAAAUUAACAUUUAAUUCUCUGGCAACAGCUCUGGUGGACACUCCUGCAGUUAGCAUGCCAAUUGCACGCUCAUUCAAAACUUGAGAUAUCUGUUGCAUUUUGUUUUGUGACAAAACUUCACAUUUUAAAGUGGCCUUUUAUUGUCCUCAGCUUCUUGAUAUGCCACACCUGUCAGGUGGAUGGAUUAUUUUGGCAAAGGAGAAAUGCUCAUCAACAGGGAUGUAAACACAUUUGUGCACAACAUUUGAGAGAAAUAAGCUUUUUGUGCAUAUAGAAAAUGUUUGAUUUUAUCUUUCAUCUCAUGAAACAUGGGACCAACACUUUACAUGUUGCAUUUAUAUUUUUGUUCAGUGUCUGUCUUGACUGCAUCAAAUCUAUGUAAAUAAGCUAGCUAGCUACCCUAGCCAUCUAAGUUAGCUAGCUGGCUAAUUGAAGCAAUUUUGCUGCGCACCUUGUCUACAACAACUCCAUUCAUAUUAAACAACAGCCUGCCUGUUGGUUGAUCAUUGUAGCCUACUCUUCAUUUAGCCAACUUAAUUCCAUAAUUGUAAUUCUAUUUAGCUUUGAUUAGAAAUCUCCCACUUCACUUGCUACACAUGGAGCCUCUGACUGUAACGUUAGUGCUGCUUUGAUUGACCAACAAUAACAAGCUACACACUUGAAAAGUGUGUAGGUUACCAAUAUGUCUUUUUUAUUGGGUGCAAUGAGAAAAGGCCCGACAGCUACUGGUGCAGCUGCUUCAGGUGUUCAGAGUUCUUCCCAGGUAGGCCGACUCUCAUUGAGGCCAAACAUUUAGCUUUAAGUACAAGUUGUCCCUAACCACAGAUCAAGGAUCAGAUUACAUCCACUCAUAAUCUUAACCACAAGGGGGAUGAAAAAUAGCUGACCCUGUAUCAGUGAUUUGGGGCAGAAAUGAUGGCUUUUGAUGUUUGUGUGCUGUCUUGGUCCAGAUAGUCUGAUCCUGGCCUUUGGUUCCUCCGUCAACACAUUUUGAGGAAGUGCGUCCCCGGGGUGCACAAGGUCAUGCCGGUCAGCGGCGCACGCCUUCCUGUGGUCAAGUUCAUCCACAAGGAGCUCAACCUCCAGGUGGAUGUGACCAUCAAUAACAGGUCAGCUUGUACAAUCAGUGUUUUCCGUAAGUACAUGGAGUAACCAGCCAAAUAGAAAAAGUAGCCAGCCAGGGAGUUCCGGCUGGGGGGGUCCGUGAAAAUAAAUGACAGAACAAGCUCUAUUUUGGUGGCCUCUGGUACAUUCUAAUGCCUUGAUUCCAUCUGAAAUACACAGCUAAAUUAUUGAAUAGUUUACGACUUUACCUCCCAGAUUGGUAAAAUGAGUUGUGGUAUUGAGUAGAAAAACAUGACUUUAGAAUAAAAUUACUGAAAAUGUAUUAAUUCAGUGUUUUGUUAGUUGUUUUGGAUUUCGCCUAGGUCUUUAUGAUCUAAGUAAGAUAACAUUUUUUAACAUUAAACCCAUCAUCUCAUGAGAUUAAAGUCAUAUUGACAUUAUAUGAAUUGCAACAAUGAUGUUUGUUCUUCAAAUUAUGUAUUUUAUUGGCUCUGCUGCUGUGCACUUAGGGUAUGGAAACCAAUGUGUCAUUUUGUAAUUUGGGUGAACUAUCCCUUUAACACUUUGGCCUGUCAAUCAAUCACUGUGGGUGGGAUUGUCAGGGGAGGGGGCAGGAUGUUUGUCAGUCAGAGUCGGUAGGGUUUCAGACCUGUCAAUCAAUCACUGUGGGUGGGUCUUUGAAGAAAGGCGGUAGAUUAGUAAUCUAGUCAGAAAAACAAGUCUAUACUACUCUUUCAAUUGAAUUGAUUGUGGCAUAAACCUAACAAAAAUGGUUGAUCUGUCAAGUAAACUUGGAUUCCCUGUUGAGAGACAAUAUAGAAUUGCAGGAAAAUUGUUUUUUAAAAUGUUCAGGGGGAGGACCCCCAGACCCUCUGCCAGAUUGUGCACCACCACCAUUAUUCAAAGGCAGGGACCAUGAAUAGACCUACAGGCAUGAUUGAAUAAUUAAGCAGGUGUUAAACAUGGGAUUUGCUACAUAGAAAGCAGCAGUUGACUACUCCAUUGUCGACGCUUUAAUCAAAUCAGUAGGCCUAUAUCAAUACAUUAAUAAUACCAUAUAAGUGGUCCUCUGUAGCGCAGCUGGUAGAGCACGGCGCUUGUAAUGCCAAGGUAGUGGGUUCGAUCCCUGGGACCACCCAUACACAAAAAUGUAUGCACGCAUGACUGUAAUUCGCUUUGGAUGAAAGAGUCUGCUAAAUGGCAUAUUAUUAUUAUUAUAAGUAUCAUGACAUUAGCCUUAAUAAUCUGUUUUCUUCUAUUAUAUAUUUUUGACCAGAAUGAGGCUCUCUCUCCACUACCUAUUGUUCCUGCAGUGAGGAUUCAACAUCUUCAUCAAAUGUUUUCAUAAUUGAUUUGCAGAUACAGCAUUCGUCAAAAAGCAUUAGUAGCCUACCAACAUGCAAAUUAGUGAGCCAAAUGAACAGCUCUCUCACCGAUGGGAUUUGGUUCUGUUCACCUAAAAGAUCAGUUCUAAAAGAGUCGUUCGUUCGCAAACAACCCAUCACUAGGCUACACUGACGAGUCACUUUAGCGGUCACUGGCAAGUCUCCACAUGGGUUUGGAAUCCUAGGAAAAUACAAACAAGAUCUUUGGUUUAGGCCUACCCGAUGCGAUACCAUGGACAUAUAACUACGUUGUUUGAUUUAUGAAUAGCAAAGGGUUAUAGGAGAUUUACUUUAUUCAGUUAGUUCGACACCUUGUAUAAACUACUCAAAAACAUGCUGUUCGGUCGUCAAUCAAAGCACAGUAAAUAGCCUAUCCGCCCCGACUCCGUGGCUGGCUAAAGUAGGCCUAUGAAAAUAAAAUACAUUUAUGUGCCACAAAACAAUAAUUAAGUGGAUUUCAACUCAUCCUUACCACUUACAUUACAUGGGACGAUGAAGAAGCUUCAUACUCUCUCCUACAUGAAAAUAAAUUUGACUGCAGCCAACCAGAGUGCACAAAAAUAACACCAGUAGCUAGAGGCCGGACAGACAGACAGCAGACUGACAAACCAUCCCGUCAUCGCUCGCUUUCUGACUGACAGGCGCCUGUCCUAUCAAUAGAUCACUAGAAGAUUCAUUCAAGCGGGAGAAGGCGAUACAGACUUUUCUGACCAGCAAAUUAAAACUUUUAAAUGGAAAGAAGCCUAGUUAAUUAAUGAAGUGGAAAACACAAUGCUACUGUCAUAUUAUUAAUUAAAUGGAACAAGAAAUGUAAUGUAUCUCUAUGCCUACUGUACUGUGUACGGCCUAACCCAAACUGACCCCUAGCCCUACAUCCUAGGAACUUCAUAAUGAUCAGAAAAGUCAGACAACAAUAACUCUUAGUAUUUCGGGUAUGAACACAAACAUGGGUCACUACCAACCGACCCUCCUAAUCUCUAUUCCUCCACCACUCAGACUGGCGGUGAGGAACACCCGUUUCCUGCAGCUGUGCUCAGGGCUGGACUCCAGGCUGCACCCUCUGGUCUACACCAUCCUGGGCCAAACAGAAGCAUCUGGCUGGUGAGUGAUCUUCACAGCAUCCUGUAUGAGAGACUAACACCUUAGAUCCCAUACCAUUUUGAACUGUAUUCAGUAGGGGGCAGCAGAACCUUGCAUGUGGACUUUAUCACCUUUUUGGCUACAGACUAUAUGGUAUUAUGCUGCUUUGUGUCACAUGCUUGGAAUGACGGUUUUCUCUCUAUGGUGUUUCUCCCUUAGGUAAUCUCAGUGGUGCUGGGCCCUUGCUGAAUAACUAUGCUUUGACCCUGCUGGUGAUCUUCUAUCUGCAGAAGUGUGACCCUCCUGUUCUCCCCACAUUGGACCAGCUGAAGGACAUGGCCUGUAUGUACUUCUUCCCUUUCUGCACUGCUUUGAAGCUCAACACAAAUAUCACAUGCAUGCUGAUAACACACAUCUCAUCUCAAGCCAUUUCUAUUUACCAUGUACAGGACUUUUAUUACUGUUAGGACUAGUAUUUAUGUAGUCCAUAUUGUACCCUAUAUUAACCCACGUAGUCCCCUAUAUGGCAGAAAAUAGGUUUAACCUGAGGAUGUGUAUAGUUUUGUGCCUAGUGAAUUCAAUUAUUAUUUGUCUUGAUGUGUUUUUAUUCACUGUUCUUCUCUAUUCCUCUAAGGUGAGGAGGAAGAGUAUGUUAUUGAGGCUGGAACUGCACCUUCCCCAGUCAGCCCAUUGCUGUGCCCUCCAGCAAGAACACCCAGGAUCUGUGCAAGUUACACCAAAAAUUGCAUGGAAAAUACAUCCAACCAUGCAGAAAAAAAGGAGGGGCAGUGUUACGAGAGAAAGUCAGAAUAUCAAUAGUAGUAUUUAAGGUGCUAUUUGGUUUAGAGAAAACUAAGACCAAAGCACUCUUCAUAAAAGUAAUUUUGUAUUGGCAGGUACAAUAUUACAUCUGUUUUUAAACAAAUUAAAAACUCAGCCGCCUUUCGGCAUUCAUUAGGGAGUGAUGGUGUAGUUGGAUGUAUUAUUUACAGGUUCUUAAUUAAAUCUGUCCUCAUCUUACCCAACUGGCCCUAAGUACAUCUUUGGUGUAACUCCCUCAGUUGUUUUCACAUCAUUUAUUCAUUUUGGGCUGAUCAACAGCUUGAAGCUUUCGUUUGUUUUUCUCUGUAGGUUCCCUGCUGUCAGGCUUCUUCUCCUUCUACGCCCAGUUUGUCUUUGCCAGCUCUCCAUGAGGGAGGGCUGCUCACUCCCCGUCACCAGCUUUCUUAGCCGGACAAGGUAAAGUGUGAAGGGGAGGCCAUGGAGCAGUAGAGGUCCUCUGGCCCUAAGCUUGGCCCCUUCAACGUGCUGGACCCCUUCGAGCUGAACCACAAUGUGGCGGGCAACCUAACGGAGCGCAGCCAGAGGAGCUUUCAGAAGGAGUGCCAGGAGGCAGAGAAGUACUGCCGCAGCCUGCAUUACGAGCCCAAGUCCACCAAAGGCAAGGUGCGGGGCCUUGUGCGCCUUUUCACCCCCCGGGACGUGGGCCCUCACCCCCACCACCACAAGUGGGCGGAGCAGGCACUAGCCAUCUGCAUCCCCUUCAAGGCUUCUUCGCUCCGCGAGUUGGUCCGCAGCCAUCUGCACUCUGCCGGGGUUGGCUUCCGCCUGCUCUGGUUCCAGAGGGUGUGCUCUGCAGUGGAGGGGGUGUUUCAGGGAGUGCGCAAGUGCAGCCUGAUUAACACAGGCAUGGGAGAAAGCACUGGAGCUGAGGGAAUGGAUACUGCAUCACCGAUUGGCAAAUCAACCACAGUGAGGAUGCCAGCCGCUGUGCCUCCUCAAGCAGUGACUGCAGGCCCCAGAGCAAGGCCACACCGGGAACCAAGAGAGCCCUGCUGUCCUCUGAGAGAAGCGACGCCUCCGUGUCCCUGCAGGGCAAGAGGCCCAGGCUGGACAGUUACAGCGGGCACCAGCCCGGGUCUCCACGCUGGACCUACAGUUGAAGUCGGAAGUUUACAUACACUUAGGUUGGAGUCAUUAAAACUCGUUUUUCAACCACUCCACAAAUUUCCUGUUAACAAACUAUAGUUUUGGCAAGUCGGUUUGGACAUCUACUUUAUGCACGACACAAGUUAUUUUUCCAACUAUUGUUUACAGACAGAUUAUUUCACUUUUAAUUCACUGUAUCACAAUUCCAGUGGGUCAGAAGUUUACAUACACUAAGUUGACUGUGCCUUUAAACAGCUUGGAAAAUUCCAGAAAAUGAUAUCAUGGCUUUAGAAGCUUCUGAUAGGCAAAUUGACAUCAUUUGAGUCAAUUGGAGGUGUACCUGUGGAUGUAUUUCAAGUCCUACCUUCAAACUCAGUGCCUCUUUGCUUGACAUCAUGGGAAAAUCAAAAGAAAUCAGCCAAGACCUCAGAAAAAAAUGGUAGACCUCCACAAGUCUGGUUCAUCCGUGGGAGCAAUUUCCAAACGCCUGAAGGUACCACGUUCAUCUGUACAAACAAUAGUACCCAAGUAUAAACACCAUGGGACCACGCAGCCGUCAUACCGCUCAGGAAGGAGACACGUUCUGUCUCCUAGAGAUGAACGUACUUUGGUGAGAAAAGUGCAAAUCAAUUCCAGAACAACAGCAAAGGACCUUGUGAAGAUGCUGGAGGAAACAGGUACAAAAGUAUCCAUAUCCACAGUAAAACGAGUCCUAUAUCGACAACCUGAAAGGCCGCUCAGCAAGGAAAACCGCCAUAAAAAAGCCAGACUACGGUUUGCAACUGCACAUGGGGACAAAGAUCGUACUUUUUGGAGAAAUGUCCUCUGGUCUGAUUAAACAAAAAUAGAACUGUUUGGCCAUAAUGACCAUUGUUAUGUUUGGAGGAAAAGGGGGGCCCUUGCAAGCCAAAGAACACCAUCCCAACCGUGAAGCAUGGGGGUGCUUUGCUGCAGGAGGGACUGGUGCACUUCACAAAAUAGAUGGCAUCAUUAGGAAGGAAAAUUAUGUGGAUAUAUUGAAGCAACAUCUCAAGACAUCAGUCAGGAAGUUAAAGCUUGGUCGCAAAUGGGUCUUCCAAAUGGACAAUGACCCCAAGCAUACUUCUAAAGUUGUGGCAAAAUGGCUUAAGGACAACAAAGUCAAGGUAUUGGAGUGGCCAUCACAAAGCCCUGACCUCAAUCCUAUAGAAAAUGUGUGGGCAGAACUGAAAACGUGUGUGCGAGCAAGGAGGCCUACAAACUUGAUUCAGUUACACCAGCUCUUGUCAGGAGGAAUGGGCCAAAAUUCACCCAACUUAUUGUGGGAAGCUUGUGGAAGGCUACCAACAAUUUAAAGGCAAUGCUACCAAAUACUAAUUGAGUGUAUGUAAACUUCUGACCCACUGGGAAUGUGAUGAAAGAAAUAAAAGCUGAAAUAAAUAAUUCUCUCUACUAUUAUUCUGACAUUUCACAUUCUUAAAAUAAAGUGGUGAUCCUAACUGACCUAAGACAGGGAAUUUUUACUAGGAUUAAAUGUCAGGAAUUGUGAAAAACUGAGUUCAAAUGUAUUUGGCUAAGGUGUAUGUAAACUUCCGACUUCAACUGUACGUCCAGAGGCACAGGGUGUGGGCAGUCCGGCGGAAGGUGAGGCGGGAGCUGAUUAAAGGGGCAAUGGACAUGGACUCCAGGCCAGAGGGCAGCAGUGUGGAGCUGGAGACCCAGUACAUAGUGGACAAGGAGCCACUGGAAUUACAGGUUCAGGCCCAGGUGGUGGGCGGCACAGAGAGCACCAAGGCCGUGAUCAUGUUUCGCCCCUCUGCUGAUGGCACCAGACAGUUCCAGGACUUCUUUCACUUCCUAGAGAUGUUCCUGCCCAAGAUGGCUGACACACUGAUGGGGAAGACU